AUGGACCCGCCGCGCCCAGUGUGGUUAGACUGUGAUCCAGGUGCGAGGGGGGGCGGGUGGGGAGGGGGAUUGGUUAAUAUUUUCAGGAACAGCCUUCAGUCCCCGUGGCAGUGGCCGUCCGCAGCCAGUCUCGCAGCCAUGGACCCGCCGCGACCGGUGUGGUUAGACUGUGAUCCAGGCCACGAUGACGCCAUGGCUAUCAUUCUUGCCGCCCACACCCCCUCGCUGCACCUGCUUGGCAUCAGCACUGUUCACGGCAACCAAUCAGUGCAGAAAGUGACAAUCAAUGCGAGGCGAGUGCUGCUGAUGGCGCCUGUCGGGCGCCUGUCGGGCACCUGUCGGGCGGCUGGGGCGCCUCUCUCUAGGGGCGCCUCUCAUGCUGCUUGCCUCCUUGCUCCUCUCAUGCUGCUUGCCUCCUUGCUCCUCUCAUGCUGCUUGCCUCCUUGCUCCUCUCAUGCUGCUUGCCUCCUUGCUCCUCUCAUGCUGCUUGCCUCCUUGCUCCUCUCAUGCUGCUUGCCUCCUUGCUCCUCUCAUGCUGCUUGCCUCCUUGCUCCUCUCAUGCUGCUUGCCUCCUUGCUCCUCUCAUGCUGCUUGCCUCCUUGCUCCUCUCAUGCUGCUUGCCUCCUUGCUCCUCUCAUGCUGCUUGCCUCCUUGCUCCUCUCAUGCUGCUUGCCUCCUUGCUCCUCUCAUGCUGCUUGCCUCCUUGCUCCUCUCAUGCUGCUUGCCUCCUUGCUCCUCUCAUGCUGCUUGCCUCCUUGCUCCUCUCAUGCUGCUUGCCUCCUUGCUCCUCUCAUGCUGCUUGCCUCCUUGCUCCUCUCAUGCUGCUUGCCUCCUUGCUCCUCUCAUGCUGCUUGCCUCCUUGCUCCUCUCAUGCUGCUUGCCUCCUUGCUCCUCUCAUGCUGCUUGCCUCCUUGCUCCUCUCAUGCUGCUUGCCUCCUUGCUCCUCUCAUGCUGCUUGCCUCCUUGCUCCUCUCAUGCUGCUUGCCUCCUUGCUCCUCUCAUGCUGCUUGCCUCCUUGCUCCUCUCAUGCUGCUUGCCUCCUUGCUCCUCUCAUGCUGCUUGCCUCCUUGCUCCUCUCAUGCUGCUUGCCUCCUUGCUCCUCUCAUGCUGCUUGCCUCCUUGCUCCUCUCAUGCUGCUUGCCUCCUUGCUCCUCUCAUGCUGCUUGCCUCCUUGCUCCUCUCAUGCUGCUUGCCUCCUUGCUCCUCUCAUGCUGCUUGCCUCCUUGCUCCUCUCAUGCUGCUUGCCUCCUUGCUCCUCUCAUGCUGCUUGCCUCCUUGCUCCUCUCAUGCUGCUUGCCUCCUUGCUCCUCUCAUGCUGCUUGCCUCCUUGCUCCUCUCAUGCUGCUUGCCUCCUUGCUCCCUGCCUCUUCACCACCAGCUGUGUUCUGCGGGCAAGCAUCCCCCUUCAUGCGCGCCAGGCAGCACUGUGCUGAGAUCCACGGGGAGUCGGGGCUGGAUGGGCCUGACUGGGGGGAGGGGGAGGCGCAGGGGGAGGGGGAACGGGGGAAGGGAAAGGGAGGAGGAGCAGGGACGAAGGAGGACGGAGAGGAGAAAGGCGAGAGGGAGGAAACCCCACUAUGGGGGACGGCAGAAGAGGAGGCAGAGGAAGUAGCAGAAAUCAAGAGGGAAACGGGUGGGGGUGGGGUGGAGGGGCGCAAAGAAGGGGACGAAGAUGGGGAUGCGAGGGGAGAAGGGGUGGGGGAGGAGGAAGAUGUACCGACAGUGACUCACAUGUAUCGCCACAUUCGACAAGCGUUUCUAGAGAGGCAGGCAGCGUUGAGAGAGUGGAAACAGGGGACAGAGCCAAGUGACUCGAACAGCAAGCAAGGGGCAACGAAGGCAGGGGCAGCUGAGGAUGGGCCUUUAGCCAAGAGGAGAAGGGAGGGGGAAAAUGAUCAUGUGAUAGGGGUGAAUGGGGCAAUGGCAGAUGGCGCAAUCACAGACCGGGCAGUGGCAGACGGGGCAGCGGUGGUAAACGGUGCAAUUGCGGAAGGCUCUCAACCUCUGCUGCUCACAGUGCACCCCCAGGACAAGCGCAUGAUCGAGGUGAGUGGGUGGUGUGAGGUGGUGAGUGCACAGUGUGUAGGAGGAGCUCUUGGUCUCGGCAACACUGGCCCAGUAGCGGAGUUCAACAUCCAGUGUGAUCCAGAGGCAGCCUCCAUUGUGUUCAACAGCGGCUGCCCGCUCACAAUGGUACCCCUAGAGGUCACGCACACCGCCCUGCUCUACCCGUCAGUUGCUGCUCGCAUCUCCUCUUGUCCUCCUCACUGCCCCAUCUGCGCCCCCUCCUCCACUCAUGCCGCUCCCCCUCCUUCUUUAGCAACCAUAUAUAACUUUGCUGCUGAUGCCACCCAAAGCACUGAUGGUUCUGCUACGGCUGUAGCCGCUACAACUGCUGACGCCAGCCUCACAGCUCCCAAUGCCACUGCUGGCAGCUGCCUGGGCUGCUAUCGGGGGAAAAAACUCCGGCAAACAGUCUCUGCGUUGAUGCAUUUCUUCGCCCGCACAUACCUUGAAGUGUUUGGUUUCCAGCACCCACCCCUACAUGACCCCUGCGCUCUCGCCUUCGUCAUUGCCCCGUCUCUCUUCAAGACGGAGCACCUCCGAGUCGACAUUGAGACCAAGAGUGAGCAUGGCAAACAGUGUGUGACGUGGAUGGCUUCUGCUGCACUCCACUCUCCCCACUCAUGGCCUUCCUCCCUCUCUUUCCCCCUCAAACCAUGUCCAUCCCACCUCCCUCCAGCUCUCAGCAGGGCAGACGGUGUGUGA